GAUGGAGGAAGAAGCUGCCGCUCUCCGCGAGAUGCAAGCUAAAGUUGAGAAGGAAAUGGGCGCUGUUCAAGAUCCUGCUAGUGCAGCUGCUACUCAAGCAAGCAAGGAGGAGGUGGACUCAAGAUCAAUUUUUGUUGGCAAUGGUCAUUCUUAUUCUUGAAUAGCGCUGGAAUUGUUACCCUGUUUCUUGAAGGUGGAAGGAUGUUAUUCUGUUUUUAAAUAAGCUUGUUUUAGAUAGUGGGGAAAAAAAAUCAAACCUUUCUUUGAAAUGUGACAAUAAAAGGAGAGAAAGAGAAAAAGAAAAAAGAAGAAAAAAAGAUUAAAUGAAAAGCGGAGGGGGGGUGAGAAAAACUAUGAAGUCCCCCAAAAAAAAGGGAUUGAACACUUUUGAAAUGGGAAAAACAAGAAAAGGAAAAAAAAAAGAAAGAAAGAAAGAAAGAAAAAAAAGGAAAAAAAGAAAAAUGAAAAGAAGUGAUGAAUUGAAACUAAAAUGAGUGAAAGCUGUGCAAAUCAAGUGUACCCAAAUUUUCAGAAAGAGUUAUAUGUACAUCUCUUGGCAAAAGACAUCUGCGGAGAGAGUUUAGAUAAUUGUAAGAAGUAUGUGGUUUAAGGUUCUUUGAGUUCUACACAUUGCAAGAAGAGAGAUAAAUGUAAGAAACAUGUGGCUUAAGAUUCUUCGAGUUCUACACAUGCAAGAGGAGAAUUCCAUGUAUUUUUUGAAGAGCAAAGGCAAGUCAUUGCCAUGCAAUCUUAGUUCUGAAGCUUGAUUGCUGCUGAUGAAGGUGGACAAUGGUGCCUCUCAUGUGGACAAUGGUGCUUCUUAUACAUCUAGUGAUUGAGCCACAUGUGGUUGAUUAUGCAUGCACCCCUGAAGAAGUUCAGCAGCAUUUCCAAUCUUGUGGUACUGUAAACAGAGUGACUAUUCUGACAGAUAAGUUUGGCCAACCAAAGGGUUUUGCAUAUGUGGAAUUCCUUGAAACAGAAGGUGUUCAAGAGGCUCUCAGUCUGAAUGAAUCUGAAUUGCAUGGCCGCCAAUUGAAGGUUAUGGCUAAAAGGACUAAUGUUCCUGGGAUGAAGCAAUACCGGGGCAGACGAUUCAACCCUUACAUGGGUUACAGAUUUAGGAGGCCUUAUGUGCCUCCUUAUUUCUAUUCCCCCUAUGGAUAUGGGAAGGUUCCCAGGUUCAGGAGGCCAAUGCGGUACAUGCCCUAUUAUUGAAAUAAUGGAUGCAUCUAAGGUGGCUGGCACUGCAUAUUCAAUGAAUGGAUACAGAUACUUCGAUUAUGAUUUAUGAUUGCUUGAUAGGAUCUCUUUAAUCUAUUGCCAAUUAAUGGCAACGUUGCAUUACUAUCAUUUCCAGAUGGUGCAGACAAUGUAAACAGUUGUGUGCUUGCACAUGCCUGUCAUGUGUUAGCUAGCUUGAAGAUUUUAUUAGAAGGUGGUUCUAGAAUAAUGUUCCUUGUAUUUGUUUUUGGAUAUUGAGUCAAGUUAAUGACUUAUUUUCACAGUAUACUACCUUGCAUAAAUCGGUCCUUCAUGAUAUUAUUGUACGUUCAUAAUAA